AUGCAUCGAUCACGUGCAAAAGCGAAUGGGUACUCGCCUUCGCAAUUUAAAAAAAAAGACAAAAGGCCUUGGGGAAAAGGCAAGCUAACGGGCAAAUUAAUUGACGAGUUAUCAAUUUAUUAUGGUCUAGCAAUACGUCGAAAUCAUCAUUCUGUUGAAAAAAUGCGUAAUGAAAUCUACGCGACGCUAGACCACAAAUUGUCGACUGACGAUGAACCGAAACACGACAAAUGCCCGCGCGGAGAAAACUCAUGGUGCUCAUGGCAGAAGGCACAGGCUACUGGAUCAGACCAUACGCAUAAACCACCUCUAUCUCAAGAAGUUUACGAAGCGAUUUCUCCAAUUUAUGACGAAUUAAGCCGUGACGAACUGCUUUCUCGUUGCAUCGGCGGCUUUACGCAAAAUAGCAACGAGAGCUUCAACGCCACAGUCUGGUCAAUGGCUCCGAAAUCGACUUCCAGCGGCAAACACGUUCUUGACACGGCAGUUUAUAUUAGUGCAGGCAUAUAUAAUGACGGCCUAUCAACUAUCAUGAGGCUCAUGCAGAAUUUGGAUAUGACAAUUGGGCCGAACUGUUAUAACUUCUGCGUGGAAACCGACAAGCGCCGCAUUGACUUUUCCGAGAGAUCGCUUAGCGAUGCCGCAAAAAAGGCCCGAACAUCCCUAAAACCAUCUAGGAAGGUAGAGAAGGAGGCGAACAUCGACCUGGAUGGCCAAAUGUAUGGUGCAGGCAUCGCAGAUUAG